UACGUGAAGGCAGGUUGAAUACAUGGACUCUCACAUGCUGAAGAAUGAGCCUUCGAGACUUUCCACUAUACCUCAUGGAAACUUUGAAAUGCUGGAGUUCACUACAUGAAUACAUCGUUUUGUUUAUGUUCCUUACAGCGGUCAGCAAAGGUUCAGCAUGUGAAGCUCCCUCCAGUCCCGAGUGCUUCAGGAGAACUGCUGACGAGUCCAUUUACAGGUGCGAAUGGAGCAUGAAUACGACUGACAGCGAUGUGACAUAUGACAUUUAUUUUGAUAAACUCAAAUUCAGGAACAUUAGGGAGAACUGGUCUAAUUUCAACGAGGAACGGCUUAUCAAGUAUCGCCCUGUUAACAUUUGGGUGGCGGCUCACGUAGGAAACUCAAGCUGCACGUCCACCAGGAGGACUGUUAUUCUCGGGCACACAGUUAAGUAUGAAUCACCGAAAAAUAUCAACAUGUCCUGGUUUAAAAACAACCUCAGUUUAAGCUGGACAGCUGCUGAGAAGCAUCCGGCUUUAGCUGAGGUCCUGUUCAGACGAGACGAACACCCCACAGAAUCAUGGGAAAAAAGAAUAAUUAAUACCUCCAGUGACACUUCUAUGUACAAGGUAAUUGUCGUGAAUCUGUUGAAGGAUUCAGCUUACCAGGUUCAAAUCAGACAUCGGUCUACUCAGGCUCGUAACCCACUGUGGAGUGACUGGUCAUCAGUUGUGACUGUUCCUGCAGAACUUGAACAAGAACCUGACGUCACCAUGACAAUAAGACAUUUAAAUGGUACUCGUAAGGUGAUGCUAACAUGGAAGCCAAUGCCUCAUGCAGCAACAGUCAGAGGAGUGAUGUACAGCCUGAGCGACACACAGUCUUCCCAAGGAUGUCCUUGUAAGAAAACGAGACAUCCCAUCAGCACGAAUCGAUACACUAUUUAUGUCUCGCUCUCUGCCGUCAACAUCUCUGUUCUCGCCAGUAACACAGCUGGGUAUUCUCCUCCAGCAGUCAUACAAGUACCAGCCAAACCUCCUGCAGAUUAUAAAAUUUGUGACAGAACGUUACUGGAUGAAAAAUCAAAUAAGCAAACUUGCCUUGAGUUUUAUGAGUUUCAAGAUGAAGAUCUGAGGCCAGCUCAUGUGGUCACUCUUCUGGGAAGAGAGAAGAAAAAAGAGAGUAAGCACAAAAGACAGUACAUAAUGGACUUCGUUCGCUACCUUUACUUUGAACACAGAUGUGAUGAUGGCAAACCCCAGACAGUUAAAACGUGCCUCUUUUAUCAAAACGAGAGCGUUCCACGCAUCGAACCUCAGAACUUAAGAGCUUUUGGUGAAACACAAAGUUCUGCCAGCUUUUCUUGGACAGCUAUCCCCACUGCGGACCAGCGAGGUUUCCUUACACAUUACAUCCUCUGCAGUGAGAAAAUCAGCUCACAGGAUGAGCAGAAAGAGUGCCAUAACAUAUCAGCCUCACUAACGGAGCACUGUCUGGAAAACUUGACGCCAGGAACAAAAUACAACAUCAGCCUGGUUGGAGUGACACGAGUGGGAGAAGGACCUAAAGCCACAGUAACUAUCAACAUCCUGCCAGAGAAGCCAGUGAAUGUGUUGUGGAGUAUCAGCUUGCUGUUUAUUUUCUUUUUCCUCACAACAAUAUGCACCUGUGUCUUGAAGAGAAUCAAAAACAAGAUUUUCCCCCCUGUGCCAAAACCUGUUAUUCCAGAGUUCAUCCCUUAUCAAGCAACGUGUCAGGAGAUUCUGGAGAGAAAAGAGGAGACAGUGUAUGAGCUAACGCUGCUCCAGCUACAUCCAGAGGGCAAGUCAGUCCAUGAGAACACAGAGGAGACCGCCAUUCUCACAAGAGAGUGGGAUGACGACACCAAUAAUGACUUGGAGGGCGAGAGGGGUGAUUCAAGGAUGUCAGGAGGAAUCAGUGAUGAGUGUUUGAGUCCUGGCUUGACGGAUGAGGCUCUGAAGAGCUCCAGAGAAGGAGAAAUAUCAGAACUUGAACAGCUAGACAACGAGAUUGCAAUGCUGAUAUACAGGAAUGGUUUGGUCUUUGAUGUGAAGACGGACUCGCCUUGAAAUGGAUUUGACUGAUUUUGCUGUCCACAGCACAAAAUUGCACGAACAUAUUAAGGGUCGACAUAUUUGUUGACUUGUACUACAGACUGGACAAAUACUUUUCUUCUCAUUUUGAGCUUAAGUUUUCAACUGGAUGAAAAAGGAUCUGCACAAUUGUCUUGUUAUGAGCUUAUUAUGAGAAAUGUUUGUUUAAUUUUCAUGUAUAUUAAAUUUUACCAGUUACGUUGCUACCUCAGCAUGCCAGUAAACAAAGAGGAGGGUUUAUCACUCUCAGGCUUUGCCAGUGGAAGUUGUCAAUGAACUUUUUUCUAACUGUGGUUAGCAAAUUCUGGUUCAGACCUUUAUGAUUUCUAGUUUUAGGUGUGUGUACUAUUGAUUAGAUCACCAUGAAAUUUCACUCAGACACUGAUGGUCCCCACAGGAUAAAUCCUAAUGACUUCAA